AUGCGUUUCUCAACCGUCCUCCUCCUCAUCAGCACCGCCGCCGCAGCAACGCUGCCACUCAGUGUCCGGCAAGCCACCAAUGCGAACACCAAGUCAGCCAAGACGGGCCUGACAGACCAGGAGGCGCUCGACAUCUUCAACACGCUCGACACGGAGGACGAGAAUGCGCCGGGCUCCGUCAACGGCAACGGCCUGCGCAACCCCAUUGACGGCCUCAGCGCAGGCGAGACCACCGACGUCGUGCGCCAGGGCCUGGCCGAGUUCCGCGAGCAGAACGGCAUCGCCGAGAGCAGUGAUGAUGAGGCGGAUGACGCCCUUCCUGAGGGGGCUGAUGAUCAGGAGUAA